AUGGUCUGCGAACAAAGUAUUAUUGGUGCUCGGGCGUCGGUCAUGGUGUACGACGAUGUGCAGCGGAAGUGGAUACCGUCCGGCAGCUCGUCCGGUUUGAGCAAGGUGCAAAUUUUCCACCAUCAGCAAAACAACACGUUCCGCGUCGUUGGCCGGAAACUGCAGGAUCAUGAGGUCGUCAUUAACUGUUCGAUCAUCAAGGGCCUCAAGUAUAACCAGGCCACCGCCACGUUUCACCAAUGGCGUGAUUCAAAGUUCGUGUACGGGUUAAACUUUUCCAGCCCGAUGGAUGCGGAAGCAUUUGCCCGUGCCAUGAUGCACGCCCUAGAUGUUUUGAGUGGACGAGUUCCACCCUCGUCGACGCUGCAAACAACCAACCCGAACCCGGGUCAGAUGGUUGCGGCGUACGAGGAGGACAUGGGCUAUCGUACGAUGACCCGUGAAGAUGCGGCCAUCAUGCAGCAACAGCAGCAGAUGACUAGUCAACCGCCGGGUGUGGGACCACCACAGCAACCACCCAACUCUAUACCGGGCCCGGGCGGUGGCAUACUGUCCCCCCAAACACCCACAUCUCAAACGCUGCCAUCGCAAGCCACACCGCAACAGCAGCAACAGACGCAUCAUCGUACAAACAGUGCACCACCGGUCCCGCCAGCGUUACCGUCGACACAGCAGCAGGCAUCGCAGCAGGCGGCACAGCAGCAGCAACAGAAACCGAUCUAUGCAUCACAGCAAAGCAACAGCAGUACCAACAGUAUUACCUAUGGAAGCAAUGCGCAACAGUAUCCGCAGCCAAUCUACGUAGCAUCGAAUCAAAACCAUCAAAUGCUGAAUCAGUCGGUGUUGCCACCGCAACCGCCGCAACAACCGCCACCCCCACAGCAACAACAGCAGCCACCGUUGAACCUUUCGAACGGUUCGAUUUACGCGACGGCCACGUGCUCCCCGAGCGCGACUAACAGCAAUCCGUCGAAUCCGAUCUACGCCGGUCAGCAGCAGCUAGUGUCGCAACAGCAGCAACAACAGCAACAGUCGCAACCACAGCCACCGCCACCACCGAUGAUGAUGCCACCGAAUGGUUACGGGCCGCCGAACGGUGUCGGUGGCCCGUACGGUGCCGGACAACCACAGUACGGCAUUCCACCGGUUCCACAGAUGCCAAUGCAGCCGCUUCAACCACCAUCCCAGAUGCAACAAACGAACGCACCUCCACCACCGCCAAUGAUGCCGCCGAUGUUCCCCAUGUCUGCACCAUCGAAUGUACCACAGCCUCCAGCACCGCCCAUGCCACCAAAUCUGAGUAAUGCGGCCGCUCCACCACCACCACCACCCCCGCCCGGAAUGCUUUCAUCGAAACCAGGUGAAAUAAAUUCCUUGGCCCUCCAGCUGGCCAGUGCCAAACUGAAACGCAGCCAACCACCGAAGGGUUCGUCAUCGGUAGCGGCGGGUAAUGUUGGUGCGUCGUCCACUUCCACGCUAGCGUCCUCCACUAGCGGCAACAAUGCCGUAUCGUCCACCGUGACGGAAAACAGCGGCAGCAGUACAUCGAGCGGAGGUAGUGGUAAUUAUGGAACCAUAGGACGAUCGUCAUCUGGUAUGGCAUCGAUGAUGGAUGAAAUGGCAAAAACUCUUGCUAGGCGUCGGGCGCAGGCGGAAAAGAAGGAGCCGGACUCCAACGAUGAUGCUGGUGCAGCAGGAUCCGGAGGUCGCCAGCGGGCCUGGGAAAAAUCAAGCACCCUACCGCACAAACUAGGCAGCAAUAAUGCUAGCGGCGGCGGUGGUACCAAUUCUGGCCAGGGUGGUGCUAGUCUGAGCGGUUCGGAAUCACCGAAACCGUCGCGGAAACGUUUUGGCAGUGCCAGCGAAGAAACGAUACUGAAGCAGAUAAAUGGUGGUGACAGUUUCUCCCUUCCGACUGCGGUAGAGUUCGACAAUCUGAAGGAGGAAAUAUUGCGCGAAAUGCGCAACGAGCUUGCGAAAGCGAAGCAAGAAAUUAUAGAAGCUAUCAAAUCCGAAUUCAACCGCAGGUAA